AUGAGCGAGUACUAUCAUAACUUCCUGUCCUCCGUGUCAGGACUGGGGACCAACUCUGGCCUGAACUCGCAGGAUGCUUCCAGAGCACCUGCUACUUUUGGCACUGGAAGCAAUAUGGAACCAAACAAGUUCCAGAACAUGACAUAUUACUCUGGGUUUCCCGAGCCUGCUUUGUUCCAAGCACCGAGAUCCCAGCGAAACCGAAGAAAGUCGGCCCCCGGUGCGGAUCACAUCAAACACAGAAGAACUCGCAGCGGCUGUUUUACCUGCCGUAGUAGACGGGUCAAGUGCGACGAGACGCACCCCGUUUGUGAACGGUGCCGCAAAGGUACACGAGACUGCGUGUAUCCGGAUCCCCCAUCUUCAAAAUACUCCGUCCCGCACGGAGGCAAGGAUGCGGACACCAGUCGGCAAGCAAGUCCGACGUCUUCAAACGAGGAGGAGGAUGACGCAGACCAGGACGCAAGAUUGAGCCCGAUCCCAGACGAAGACGAAGACGACUUAGCGAGUGUCUCGGAGCAAUCAAUGCCAUCCACAAAGAGCCUCCGGCACAUGAGCACGGCAUCGUCUCUGAACCUGAAGCGACUUUUAACUCGGACUCCCGAUUUGAGAUUCUACCUGGAGUUUUUCCUCGAAAAUACCACGCAUUACCACUACGGUGUACACAGAGACUUUGGCGGCUUCUUUCGAACAACAUUCAUCAGCUUGGCGCUCCGCAACGAGCCCCUGCUACAUGCUAUCGUUGCAUUCGCGGCAUAUCAUCAGACAAUCGGGAACCCAAACGGUCAGCUGCCGGAAUUCCUGAAAUACUACAACAGAAGUGUCAUUCUGCUUCUCGACCUACUCAAGAACGAGGAUAGGCAUGAGCUCACGACACUCUUGACAAUUCUGCAGCUAGCGACAAUAGAGGAGUAUCUUGGCGACUGGGUAAACCUGAUGGGACACCAGAAGGCAGCCCUUGAGAUCUUGAGCCAGCUGUUCACGCCUCAGUCUAUCGUGGAAACGUCGCUCAACCGCACUAUUUUAUCAUGGUACAUUCGCUUCGACAUUCUUGUCGGGCUGAUGGGAGGUUUCGGGACGAGCCUCCCACGAGACUGGUUCGUCACGUUCGACGGGCAUUGUCGAGCGAGACUAGCGAGCGAGCCCGACAAUCUGGACUGGCUAUAUGAAAGGGCCGAGAACCGUCUGCGCCUAAUAUGCCAUGAUAUCUGCCUGCUUGUUGCCAGACGUGCCAGGGAUAACUUGGAAGGAGCGUUGGUUACCGCGGAACACGAGAAUGUCGCCCGGCAAUUGCGGGAGUGGAGGGAAACCCUUGAACCCGCCCUCACAGAUCCUUCACGCCUGGUAACUUUGCCCUCAUAUCCUUCAGACGAGGCUUUCAGUGCGCCAUCAAGGACCGUACCUUUGUACGACUCACCCUUGUCUUCUACGACAUUGCUACUUUGCGAAUGGCAUGCCACGGUAAUGAUGCAUCUGUACCAGGCAAGCCAGGUCAGUCAAGGCCAAAUAUUACCAGAGAUGGGGAGUCUACCACAGCACGCCGAGGCCAUCAGCCAGAUCUUCAACGCUGGUGAGCAAUGGGCCUCUGGUCCAAAAGGCUGGUUGGUUAUGCUCCACCCCUGCAUCACGAUUGCGUCGAUGUUCCUCCCGCCAAGCCCGGGGAGCAAUCUUUGGCUGAGGAAGAAGUUCGCCUUGCUUGAGAGCUCUGGCUAUAUAUUUCCCAUCACGGUGCGAAGAAGACUGGCGGAGCUCUUUCAAGAUGAGACAGUGGGGCGAUGGUGGCUCCCAGAUGACCACGGGUUCACUCCGAUGUUACAGAGCGUGCGGGCCUUUGCAGACGAAAGGAACGCGGCGGCCACCUCAGCUCAGACCGAGGGCCUCCAGGACAUGAAGAGUGUCUUUGCGGCCUUGCAUCUUGGAGGCGACACAACGCCUAUUGUGGGAGCCGGGGGUAGCUUGCUUAGCCCUGGGGAGGCAGGAAAGGACAGGAGCAUCAAAAGUCAAAUGGGGUGA